UAUAUAUAAAUAUAUUUAUAUUUAUAUAUAUAUAUAUAUAUAUGACUGUAGAGAUCUGUUUUCUUCUAUAAGCUAAUUUAUAAGCUGAAAUGGUGCUUAAGAAUACAAGAAGCCUUCGGCUUACCACAAAAAAACGCGAUCAAGAACAGCAGGGUACAUGUUCUCAAUUCUUCUCCUUUCUAAAGGUACACUUGGGCUCGGUGGUGUACAAUAAUCCAAAUAUGCAUCAAGAGAACCCGGUUCCAAUGUCGGAUAUGGAGGCCCUCGUUAAUUUAAUCAAAUGCACGUUUGGCACGGGUAUUCUGGCAAUGCCCAGAGCCUACUACAAUGCUGGCUGGCUGCUUGGUUUGAUAAGCACUGUUUUGGUUGCAGCCAUUGUCGUAUAUUCCUUGCAUGUGUUGAUCGACGACAUCAACAAGCUAUGCAAACGCUAUAAGAUGAAAAUGCUCAGCUACAGUGAAGCCAUGCAACUAGCACUUACGUUUGUGUUUCUCUGGAGAUCGGACGUGAAAAUUGCAGACUCGUGUGUGUGUGUGGAUAUAUUUCUCUGCAUUUAUCAUUUCGGCGUGGAUUGUGUAUAUGUGGUGUUUAUGGGCAAGAAUAUCAAGAAACUGGCCGACUUAUAUUUUACACCUAUCGAUACACGUAUUUAUAUGGCACUGAUCACGGUGCCUCUGAUCUUAACCUUUCUCAUACGCGAUCUCAAGUAUCUGGUACCAUUUUCUAUCAUCUCAAAUGUGUUAAUGCUCAUCAGCUUUGGUUUAAUUUUAAGCUAUUUUUUGAACGAUUUACCCAGUCUCUCAGAGCGAACAGCCAUACAGAGUUUAUCUAAGUAUCCGCUGUUCUUUGGCACAAUUCUGUUUUCAAUCGAGGCGGUAGGCGUGAUCCUUGCACUUCAACUGCACAUGACAACGCCUGAGAAUUAUUUGGGAAAGUUUGGUGUGCUGAAUCGGGCCAUGAUAAUUGUUGUUAUUUUUUAUGCAUCCUUUGGCUUUUUGGGAUAUUGGCAGUUCGGGGAUGAGACUUCUAGUUCUAUAAUCAACAAUCUACCCACCGAUGAAACCGUGCCUCAAUGUAUAAUAGCCUUGUUCACAAUAGCCAUAUUUUUUAGCUAUGCGCUGCAGGGCUACGUAACCAUUGAGAUAAUUUGGCGCAGCUAUUUGACGCCUAGACUUAUAGCGGACGCCUCGAAAUCGGUAGAGUAUCUAUUGCGUAUGGCCAUGGUAGUUGCCUCCGUUCUUUGCGCCAUUGCAUAUCCCGAUUUUGGUCUACUGCUCUCCUUUGUGGGUUCUUUCUGUCUGGCUCAACUGGGCUUUAUUUAUCCGAGCCUUAUUAAUAUAUUCGUUCGUUAUAGCGAAGGCUAUGGACCCUGCAAAAUAUUUCUUUUGCGCUCUCUGUUUUUUAUUUUUAUUGGGCUGUGCGGCGGCAUUGCUGGCACAAUGAUCUCAGUAGCAGCCAUAAGAGAAAAAUAUGACAAUCGUAUCUUAUUUUUUUUAAGUGCUUUUCACAUAACCACAUAAAAUGUAAUUUUUGUAUAUUACAAAUUAUAAAGAUAGAAAUUUGUCAUAAAAUCCAUUUACACUAUUAAAGUCUUA